AUGGAAAAAUGUAAAUUUGAAGGGAUUAGAGGUAAAUGUGGCUUUAGUGAUGGUCUGUGUGUCAAUAGUGAAGGCCAAUCUGGUGGCAUUGGUUUAUGGUGGAGGAAUGCAUCUGUUAAUUUAAUCUCUUUUUCAACAAGGCACAUCCUGGUGGAGAUUAGUGAAGCGGGAGGAGUGGAUGCAACAUGGUUUGCGUGUGAUUUUAAUGAGAUUCUGGGUCAUCAUGAGAAGGAAAGAGGUGGGACCAGGGACGAAAAGGACACGGAUGCUUUUAGAGGAUGCCUUGAUAAUUGUAGUCUUCGUGACCUAGGUUACAGAGGGAGUACUUUUACAUGGAGCAGAGGUAAUUCUCCUGCUACUAUGAUUAGGGAGAGGUUGGAUCGCUUUGUGGCUUGCUCAUGGUGGCAACAGAUUUUCCACUCUUACGAUAUUCGUCAUUUUUCUAUUUACCGGUUGGAUCAUGCCCCAUUAUGCUCCAUAUGUCUAGACCAUGAGGGGAAGGUGGAUUCUGAUGCUUGGCAGGAAGGUCUAGGUGCUGAUAUUGAAUUCUAUAUUGCAAACUGUGCUAGCAAGUUGUCUUCAUGGGUUGAAUCGACUUUUGGGGUCCUUAAGUCUAGAAUCAAAGCUUCGAAAAAGAAGUUACGAGCUGCUCAACGAUGCCCUCCAGACGCAAACAUGAUCGACAAUUGUAAGUCCUUGUUAAAUGAGCUUGAUGAACUCCAUAAGCUUGCGGAAUCAUACUGGCAUAUGUGGUCUAGGGCUAACGAGCUUAAAGAUGGUGAUGAGAACUCCAAACACUUCCAUAACAAGGCUAGCUCUAGACGACGAAGGAACUUGAUAAAAGGGUUGAAUGACGAAAACGGCUAG